CCUAGGAGGCAGCCAGGCAGAAGAAGCAGGAACCGCAGCCGCGAUGGUCGAGAGCAGAAGCAGGAAGCCCCCCACACAAAGGCCCCUGUGGGAGCAGAGAUUCUAAUAAAGCGUGUUGGACCAUCUAAUCUCUUAAAGUGAAACUUUUUGAUAUCAAGAUUAGGAACAAUUUUCUUCAGGAUCACUAUGUAGCAACUGGGUAUCCUUCAACUGAAGUUGGUCCCUCAACUCAACAUAUUUGUGUUUUAAGGAUCCUUGUACUUUCUGCAGUGAAUUAAUUGUUUUUUGUUAAUAGAAAAAAAGUGGAUUUCAUGUGGUGCUUGCUAAACAUUGAAUCACCAUGAGUAGUAAUUUAGGAAAAGAAAAAGACUGUAAAGAGAAGGAUCCAAAAGUCCCAUUGGCAAAGGAACGGGAUAAGGAGACUAAGGCCUCUGGAGGGUUUGGGAAAGACAGCAAAGAAAAGGAGCCUAAAACCAAAGGGAAAGAUGCCAAAGAUGGAAAGAAGGACGCCAGUAGUGCACAGCCUGGGGUAGCUUUUUCAGUGGACAACACAAUAAAACGACCUAAUCCAACCCCAGGCGCUCGCAAAAAAUCCAGCAAUGCUGAGGUUAUCAAAGAGCUAAAUAAAUGCCGAGAAGAGAAUUCAAUGCGUUUGGACUUGUCCAAGAGGUCUAUACACAUGCUUCCAUCAUCUAUCAAAGAGCUGACACAGUUAACGGAACUUUAUUUAUACAGUAACAAAUUGCAGUCUCUACCUGCAGAGGUGGGCUGUCUUGUGAAUCUGAUGACACUGGCUUUAAGUGAGAACUCGCUUACCAGUUUGCCUGACUCUCUUGAUAACUUGAAGAAACUGCGCAUGCUUGAUCUACGGCAUAACAAACUUAGAGAAAUUCCUUCAGUGGUGUACAGGCUAAAUUCUCUUGCCACUCUUUAUCUACGCUUUAAUCGUAUAACUACUGUGGAAAAAGAUAUCAAAAGCUUGUCAAAACUCACCAUGCUUAGCAUACGAGAGAACAAAAUCAAACAACUACCUGCUGAAAUUGGUGAGUUGUGUAACCUCAUAACUCUGGAUGUAGCGCACAAUCAGCUUGAACAUCUUCCAAAGGAGAUUGGAAAUUGCACACAGAUAACCAACCUUGACUUGCAGCACAAUGAGCUCUUAGACCUGCCAGAAACUAUAGGAAAUUUGUCCAGUCUAAGUCGUCUUGGCCUAAGGUACAAUAGACUGUCGGCAAUCCCCAAGUCUUUAGCCAAAUGUAGUGAACUUGAUGAACUGAAUUUGGAGAACAACAACAUUUCCACUUUACCAGAGGGCCUUUUAUCGAGUCUUGUGAACCUGACUAGUUUAACGUUGGCCAGGAACUGCUUCCAGUCAUAUCCGGUGGGUGGCCCAUCACAGUUCUCUACAAUCUACUCUCUAAACAUGGAACACAACCGCAUCAGCAAAAUCCCAUUUGGAAUUUUCUCAAGAGCUAAAGUGUUAAGUAAACUGAACAUGAAGGACAAUCAGCUAACUUCACUCCCCUUGGACUUUGGGACUUGGACCAGCAUGGUGGAACUGAAUUUAGCCACUAAUCAGCUCUCAAAAAUUCCUGAAGAUGUGUCGGGGCUAGUUUCCCUUGAGGUUCUUAUCUUGUCAAAUAACCUCCUAAAGAAACUUCCCCAUGGCAUUGGAAACCUACGGAAAUUAAGAGAGUUGGAUCUAGAGGAGAACAAACUGGAAUCCUUGCCAAAUGAAAUAGCAUACCUUAAGGAUCUUCAGAAAUUGGUCUUGACUAAUAAUCAGUUGACUACUCUUCCAAGAGGAAUUGGUCACCUCACCAAUCUGACACAUCUUGGUCUAGGAGAGAAUCUUCUCACACACCUUCCUGAAGAAAUUGGUACACUGGAGAACCUGGAAGAACUGUAUUUGAAUGACAACCCCAAUCUGCACAGCCUUCCCUUUGAGCUGGCACUCUGCAGCAAACUGUCAAUAAUGAGUAUUGAGAACUGCCCACUCAGCCACCUUCCACCUCAGAUCGUUGCUGGGGGACCUUCCUUCAUCAUUCAGUUCCUAAAAAUGCAGGGACCAUACCGUGCCAUGGUCUGAUGGAAAUUGGAUUGUCCCAUACACUGUACAAAAUACAAACUGCAUUAAUGUUGUUAUAUAUAAUAUAAUAUACAUAUAAUAUUAUAUUAUAUAUACAAUAUAUAAAUAAUAUAAAAAGGCAAAUUUAAGACUGCGUUAUGUGUUUCUGCUAAUAGAGGAAUCAUAGCCAUUUAGAUUUUUUUUUAUUCUGUAAAAAUGCUUGUCUAAGUUUAUUUUGCUGAAUUUGAUGGAUGUUUGUCUGAGUAAUCUGGAAAUGCCAGUUAUCCUAAAGCAAUUGCCAACAAAUUCUGAAGUUGUUAAAUUUAAGGGACAAGAGUGGUUUUAUUUAGAUCUACUUUCAGUUAGGCAAAAUGCGCAAUCUUUUAUGAGGAACUUUUCUGUUUUCCUCCGUCUCCUUUGUGUCAAAACCUGGUAGGGUCACACAUCCUGAAGCUGGUGGGAUUUUCUUUAAUUUAUUUUGAGAUUUGAAACAAGCGGUGUUUUUAUAUUGUUUACAGUCAGAGUAAAUCACUGGAUUUUGUUUUGUUUUGAUUUGCUCUGUUUUAAUCAAUCUAGAAUUUAUAUGCUUCUGUUGAAGAAUUUUUAUCAGCAGGUUUGUAUACUAAAAAUAUUUACUCAUCAAAACAACUGGUAGGUGGAAAAGAUGCAGUCUAAAAAGCUUGAAUUCUUUUAAAUCUUGCUUCCCUGAGUUAUCAGUUGUGGGCAUAACAUAUCUGAACUGAGCCUUUUGUGGUUGGUCUUUUCUAGCACAAGUAACCUUUUCAGAUUGGUAAAAAUAUUGAGUAGUCUCUGUGAAGAGCAGUUCUUGUUUUGUGAAGUUACAAAAUCAUAAAGUCUAACAGUACAGUUGAAUGGCAAGAAAAUAAUAUAUAUUAUCUUUUUGUUAUAAUGUUGAGUCAUAAACUACAACAGACAAUUUUAAGGAUUCCUCAUAGUCCUUGUACAAUAAAUGAAUGUCUUACUUUUAAACACUGCAAUAUAUGUAAGUUUUAAGGUUGGUUAACAACAUAUUAUGGUUUUAUAUCUUGACAUGCCUUUCACCUCCUUCCAUUGCGUAACUUCUGUGUCCAAGCACAAUAUCUUCACACUGUGCUGUUUUGCUGCUGAACUAAAUGCACUUUUCCCCACAGCUGGGGCACUUGCUUCAAAAUAUUCAGUUCAGUACCAUAGUUAUUCCUUCUUAACCUCAUCCUGUCAAUUUCAGUAUUAAAAAUGUUCUGUUAAAAAGAAGCACCUUUUCAUUUGUGCACAGAUGUUGAUCGCUCAAUAGAAAUACUGUACAUGGUUCACAUGAGAUUUUAUUUGAAUUUGCUUGACUGCUUAGAAAACUAAAGAUGCUACAGUUAAAUAUAUACUGUCACACCACUUGCAGUGCCAGUUUAAGAUGACCUUUUUUUUUAGAAAAUGGAAACUCUUAAGGGCAGUUACAUUUCAGAUGUUGACUCUAUUUACUAUAAAUUGGAUAUUAUAAUGGAAUUGCUGCUGAAUUGUUGUGACUUGGAGAAGACAGUAAAAAUUAAAUCAGUUGAUGCCAGGAAAAUUUAUUUCACAUGCAGAAGUUUGGGAAGUAUAAUUUUUGGCUUCUUAGACAUGUUUAAUUUUAUGUACUGCCUUGGUCUAAUUUUUCCAGCUUUAACAGUAACUUGUACUCUAUUUUGUCUUAUGUAUAUACAUUAACAAGGAACAACUUUUAAAGGGAAGGCAGGUGGAGAUAUAAAACCGUAGAGGGCUCAAAUGUGCUGUAAAACUAUUGUAGAUGUCACUGGAUUUUAACAAGUAAUGUCUGUUUCCCUCCCUUACUUUUUACAUAUACUGUAGCUUUUCAGUUUAGAUCUUAGUUCAUAAAAGAAUCUAGUUUAUUAUAGCUCUGCCUGGAGUUAAUCUGUCUCAGCAGUAAGAUGUUAAAAUAUGAAGAUGCUGAAAUGUGUAGCUUUGAAGACUGUAAUUGAACUUCUAAAUUUAUUGCUGAAGCCUACUUAUUGCGCUCUCAGUUCACAUGAGAGUUUUUGAUACGAUUCCUUAAAACAAAGGUUGCUGCCUUAAAGCAUAUCAGUUGUGUUCCCCAUUUGUAUAUCCAAUCUCAUUUUUGAUGAGAGAAUUUAUCCUUUAAUUUAUAAAACAACUUUUGUCUCAAUCUGUUACAAUACAGCAAGAUUUUAGGUAUAUAAUGCAGUAGGAAACUAGCCCAAGAGGAGUAGUUUUCGAUGCUUCUUAAGUUUCAAGUAAUAGUGUAUCUAAUAGCAGGCUGCCUCUUCCUGAAAAGUUCCCAUUGCCACUGCUGUACAGUCAGGUAUAGGUGCUGUUGGGUUGCAUUUAUGGAAUUAAGAUUGUUUAGUAUGUAAAUAUUUUCAUCUGAUUUAUUCAUCUUGUUAAGGUACAUGGCUAAUGACUGUACAAUUGGAGCUGGCCCCCUCUUCCAAAAACUUAGUCGGAUGAGAAGUUGGCUUACCAAAAAAUAAUUUUUACACUCUAAACAAAAAUUGUCUCUUCAUUACACUUGUAGGAAGAAAGUAAUGAAUUAAAACUUUACUAUAUUAAAAACAGGAUCUUUUUUAAAGUACCCUUAUGCUAAAAUGGUAACUUCAAUACCAAAUACUCCUGUGUCCUGUUUGAGAGUUUAAUUUUGUACUUUUUGAAGUGAACACUUCUUGAAGUGUGUAGAGGGGAGUGUUAGUAAAACAGCAUGAGACAUUAAGUUCUGAUGCAAAGAAUUAACUCAAAGACUAAUUCAAGAAGUUUCCUUAUAAAAUGAGUUAUUUAAUUUUGGUGUUAAAUGGGUGAGUAUUAUUGCUUGGAAUAAGCUUUAAUGAUAAAUGUUAUCAGUCCCUCAGCUGUUUAUCUGACCUCUUGAUCAUCACAAUAAUUCCACAACCUGACCUAACUUUUUAAAAUUUUCCAGGGUGUUGCAUUGUUUAUCUUUCAACUAAGUACAAUUUUUAGGUUGUCUUUAAUGACAAAUGCCAUUCAGUGGUAUCUGUCUUCAUUUGUGUAAGAAUAUUGGCUCAUGCUAAUUAAAUUCAAAAUGAGAAGAAAGAAUUUGGUUUUGACAAAUGUAUGGAAUUAAAGUCAUGAGCAAGAUGGAGGAAUAUGAUUCUGAGGAGUAUUUUUUAAAGACUAGGUCAAAGGGGUGAACUAGAUUUCUGUUAAAUUUUGUGCAUUGCUAUAGAAUUCUGGGUAGUGCUCUCAGAUAUAUUAGAUGAGAUGAUGAAAAGUGUGACAAUCUCUAGAAAUCAGGAUGCAAAUCAAAUCAUGACCUCUGUUGCCUGCCUAUGAGUACUUGCAUUUAUAGGACACUAUCAUGAACCAUGCCUUGCCUAACGCAACAAAAUACUAUGCUACAGAGUAUAGUAUAACAGUAAUCUGAUGCGUAUAAAACUGAUUAUAAGGGUUUUUUUAAACAUAAAGGAAGAAUAACUGGCAAUAUUACUUUUUAUUUAAACCAGUUAUAUUGUGUUAAAAUGACUAAAUUGAAAUUUAGCUGCUAACUCUUGGCUUUGAAAAUGCCCCCUGUGGCUGCCUCACAUUUAAUUUCCUAAACAAAAACAUCUAGCUGAACGCAACUUGUGCAGUUUGGUCAUAUGGUUGCAUAUUUGGCCUUUUUUUAAUUUGUCAGAAGCUAUUGGAAAUGCUUACGUUCAUGUUACUUUAUUUUAAAACAAUCUAACACUGUAGAAUAUUUGAUGGUUCAAUCCCUAUUUUGCUUUUAGAUUUUUUUGUGCAGUUUUUGUUAAUGCUGUCUAAGAAACCAUGUGUUCACACUAUGUGAAAGAACAAUAAAGUUUGUUCACUUAAUUGGUUUUAAAAAACAGUACUUAGAAACAUUGUCCAGCUGGUGAGCAAUUGGCACCAUUGCAGUACCUAAAAAGCAAAAAGUCAAGUAUCGUUUUUAGUCCUGAAAGUCUGCAAAAUACAUUUUUAAUGGAAAAUCUUUUAUCAAAUGUUUUCUUCCUUUACUUGUUUCUCUCUUAAGGAUCUAUACAAAGUCAUAACAUAUCAAGGGAAGACAUGUCUUUUGUGUUGCUAAAGAAUCUGAAUGCAAGAAAGUGUUUUUGUAUAGUCAAUAUUGCACCUCAAUUGUAUCUUUAAUUGGCAUGCCGGAACUUGCUUUUAAUUAGACAUACAGUUGGCAGUAAUUUGCACAACACAGAAACUUAAAAGGCACAGUUAGGACAAUUACAAACAAAUUAUAGUAUCUGCAAACAGUAUCUAACGGUUUUUGUUUUUAUUCUAGCAAAGGUCAGAAGAUCAUGGUUAUUAUUCUGAUAUUUUGGUCUUAAACAGGUCUGCACAGGAUUUUUUGCUGUGGUAAAAUACCAGAUCACAUGAAUUUGUGGUCUAAAGCUAAACAAAAGAGUGUAAACAGUCUACAAAAAAUGUACUUUUAAUCUGAAUUAUUGUAAUGUUGAUUGUUAUGUCUAUAAUAUAAAAGAUUGCCUUGCUUUUUUAUAAAUGUCAUUCUGUAUCAAUGCAUUCAUUAUAAAUAGUAUAUUUGUAAAUGAG